AUGACAAACUCUACUCUGGAAUGGUUUGGCGCCACAACGUAUCGCCUGCGAACGAGAGGUGUCACUAUCUUCCUUGAUACUUGGCUCGAUAGACCCUCCGUAUUGGAAACAUAUCUUCCAGUUGAUGAUGUACAAGAGGCCGACUACAUCUUUAUUUCUCAUGCCCAUUUUGACCAUCUCCCUGGUGCAGAUCGCAUCGCUAUCAAAACUGGCGCCAUCGUCAUAGCAAACAAUGAAGCGAUCAAUCUUCUGAGAGAAGCUGGUGUUCCUGAUCAUCAACUAUUCCCAGUCCAAGGUGGCGAGCGCAUCCCGUUAUUCACUCCGCUCUCGGUGGAUGUCUGGCCUUCGCUUCACUGCUUCAUGCCUGCAGACCAUCCUGAAGUCAUAGACACAGCCACUGUCUAUAAAGGCACUGCAAGUCCGUAUAGUUGCACUCUUGACAUUACCAUCGGGAUGAAAUAUGGUCUGUUUCAACUUGGAGAGCUCAUGCCACCUGAGAAGCUUACUCCAGGUCAUCGUUCAUUCAUUGAGUACCCAAAACCUGAUAUUGCCAUUAUGGCUAUUGCUGGAAGAGCUAACCUCAACGGCAGGCCUUUUGAUGGUUCUGCAGCUGAGUUUGCGGCUAUGAAGGUUGGCUGGCUUGGGAACCCAUCUCAAGUAAUUUGGUGUUUACAUGAUGAAGCAUGUAUUCCACCGUGGAGGAUCCACACUGAGGCGGCUACGAAGUCUGUCGAGGAGAAUGGGAAGACGAAGAUUUUAAAAAUGGUUCAUGCUCAGCCAGUUGAGUUAAAUAUAUAG